AUGCAUUGUUGUGAUAAUAUACCGUCAAAAUCUGUCGCACGUUUAGUAGCUAUUUGUCAAAAAGAAGAAUUAUCUUCCUUUGAAACGCGACAAAUACCAAUUAGUAUCGAUGAUACGCUAAUCAUGAAACUCCAGUUUGACAAUUGUUAUUUAUCAUGCGACCAAAUCCGUUAUAUAAAACCAAAGAGCUAUGAUACAUUUUUACAACGUUAUCAAACAUUGACACAUGAUGAAAUAUUGGAAACAUUUUGUGUACCAAGUUCUCAACUGCACAGCGUUGUCGCCAAUUCCGUAACAUGUAUUGGUUGUCGAAAAAGUAUCGAAAACUUUUUGAAAUCCAUAAUCCAAUAUCGUCAUCCGGCUCUAGAACCAUUAUGUGUUACAGAACAAGGAACAUUAACCUUGAAAGAAACGUAUUGUUUAGAUCCACAGAAUAUUUACACGCUACUUUAUGUAAAUGGAUCAAAAUUAAACACGUUUAUUGAUAGCAUUCCAAAAUCAAAAAAGAAUCGUCGUUGUUACAUUCAUUCAUUAGAUAAAUCCAGAUCGAUAAAUGAUUGGCAAGAGAUUUGGGAACGUAUGUCACAAGAAUGCCGUGAGGAGGCAAUACUAGUCGAUACAGAUGGCUUAUUAGAUACAUUGGAAAAUUAUCUUGGUAAACAUAAAUUUUGUUCUGAAUGUAAAACAAAAGUUUUAAGAGCAUACGAUAUUCUUGUUGAUAAUGUUGAUCAUACGGGAGAGAAAGGUUUCUGUCCAGCAUUGUAUGAUGGGUUAAGAUGUUGUCCGCAUGAUAAACAUAUUCAUGUUCAAGCAGAAAAAGUGUUUGUUGGAACUUUGAUAUUACGUGCUGAACAAGAAAUUCAAGGAAGCCGACGUGAAAGACAUGCAAAAACAUUGGACAUAGCUCAGGAGGAAAUUUUAACGUGUGUGGGUAUUUAUUUAUAUGAACGAUUCCACAAGAUUUGUCAAACAAUGCGUUCUGAAGAACAAACAUGGCAACUAUUAUGUUAUAUCGGCAUUGAUUGUUUGAGACGAAGUUUCGAAGUUGCUGUUGAGAGAAAACAAGGAUUCAGUACAUUAGAAUUGUUAUGCGAAGAAUUUCGAGCUGAAGAAGAAGUACAAACGUUGAAAAAACAACAACGACGUCUAAAACGAAAAUUACGAAGACAAACAAAAAAUCAUGAUACAAACGAAUUGAUAGAGAAUGUUAUAAAAACCACAAAAACUAGUAAUAAUGAUCUGGUAUCGACUCCGACACCGGUGGUUAUUAGUAAUCGUAGACGAAAUAGUAGUUGUGGGAGUAAAUGUAAUUAUUCCAGUAAAAUAAAUCGAUCUUCCAUUAGUAAUAAAAAGCCUUCUCAACAGUUGAUUAAUGAAACUAACGAUAUUAAUAACGUAUUGUGUGAUCGAACAUUUCCUUCAUCAUCAUUUUCCAAAGUCCAGUCUUGUUCAUCCUCACUUCUUUCUUGUUCUGCUCAUACGAAAAAGCCAAUUCAUCGAUCAAUACACACAAAUUCCGAAUCUUGGUCAGAACAAACUGCAAUAGCAACGCCACUUGUACAAGAAAAUGAACUUGUUCAUCAUUAUCGUUGUCCGUUAUCAGAACGCAAUAACGGUUCUUGUCAAUGUGCUAAGGAUGUGUGCAGCAAACAAGAACAAUCUGAGUCGUAUUUAUGUGAAAAUGUUCAGCAAUUAUCAUCUACAUUUUCUUGUUCGCAAGAAACAUUGUUUUCAUCUUCCUCCUCCUCAUCGUCUUCGCGAAUCUGUGGUUGUCAGGAACAAAACAGCGUUCAAGAAUCUUCUCGAUGCUCGACAACAGAUGGUACUAGAACAGAUCUUGGUUAUUCCUCAGGGCCAGACGAUAGUUGUUCCACUGAUGCUUGUGAAUGUUCUUCAACGUGUGUUGCUUGUUCUGCAAACGAUCAUUCUGCUGCUGUCUGUCCUACUCUAAACGAUGAAGAAAGUUGUUGUUGUAUACCGUCUCAUUGUAAUCACAAUAGAAUAGAUUGUAAUACAAAACAUCUUGGACAAACAGUUGACACUUGUCCAUGUUCUGUAUCUCUUUAUCAAAAAACGGUGGAAUUAUCUGAUGUCUAUCGAACUAGAAAACUGAAGUUGGAAUUAUGUCACGAAUGGCCAUAUUUCGAAAUGCACCUAAAACACAUAUGGAAUGGUACAGAAGACGACCUAUCAAUGGAUAAUAAUUGCACUUCACUCAUAUCCGAUGAAGAUCUUCGACAAUAUGAAAUGGCUGAACCAAUUUUCUCUCAAAAACGUUCUCAGCUAAGAGAAAUACUAAGAAAACGAUUUCAAGAAAAACGAAUAAUUUUUUAA